AUGCUUAACAUCCCUUUCCUAACAAAAUUCAUCCAAUCCACCGUCAAAAGGCAAAAGGUACAAGUUGCCGACUCCGUAGAUUAUCUAAAUUACUAUGUAACGUCAACUAUGUUCGCUUUCUUUGCUUUGGCUAUUUCCGCAAAACAAUAUUUUGGAUCACCGAUACAAUGCUGGGUACCUAGCGAGUUCAGAGGUGGAUGGGAAAAAUACGCUGAAGAUUACUGCUUUAUUGCGAACUCUUACUAUGUGCCAUUCGAAGAGGAAAUUCCGAUCGAUAUCGAGCAUCGCAAAGAUCAUAUCAGUUAUUAUCGAUGGGUACCAAUUAUGUUGGCCUUACAGGCUAUUAUGUUCUUUUUACCGAACUGGGUUUGGAACAUGCUGCACAAACAAACAGCAAUAAGCCCAAGAGAAUUCCUAAAGGAGGCUGAGAAGGUCCGGUUCGCUGUAGGAGAGAAAAGGGAUAAGGAAAUCGAAUCAUUGACUAACUACUUUAUGGAGACUGUGGCCGUCUUUCAACAUGGCACCAAGGAGAAUAAUAAAUACACCACGCCACGCUCCGGAUAUAACGCGACUUUACUGUACCUUCUAACAAAAGCCGCCUAUGUUACCAAUAUUAUUGUGCAAAUCAUUAUUCUCAAUCAUUUUCUUGGACAGAACUACCUUCACUGGGGAUAUGAGAUGACUUCUAAUAUCAUUCGAGGUAAUGAAUGGAAGGAAACAGAAGUCUUUCCUCGUGUCAUCAUGUGCGACUUUCAGGUUUAG